UGGCGCGGCUGCUGAGCCUGGAGAGCAGGCGGUGCGUCCGGGGCUCACAUUUAGAGACAGACUGGAGAGCGGAUGUCUUCUGCUGUGCGCUCCUUAUCUGUAGCUUAGAUAUGAAAUCCAUUAGUUGGUGACAAGUCUUAGAGAGGUACGCCUGUGGCCGUCUGUGCGUCUCAGGACAUGUAAUCAGGUGUGCUUCUGCUGUCAUGGCCUCCACAACAGCACAUCUCCUUCCUGCCACAGUGUUCACCGUUCUGGCAGUGCUGGUCUCAUCCGAGGACCAUAAGUGGCACUUUGAUCCAACUCAAUGUCGUUAUGCCCUGGGGAUGGAGGAUGGCACCAUACCAGACUCUGACAUCACCGCCUCCAGCGCCUGGUCAGACUCCACAGAGGCCAAACAUGGAAGACUGAGCACUGGAGAAGGAGAUGGAGCGUGGUGUCCAGCAGCCCCGGUCUUCCCCAAUGAGUCGGAAUACCUCCAGAUUGACCUGCACAAACUCCACUUUUUGGCUCUGGUUGGUACCCAAGGUCGCCACGCUGAUGGGCAUGGCCAGGAGUUUGUUCGCAGUUAUCGUCUCCGUUACUCCAGAGACGGAAAGAAAUGGAUCACCUGGAAGGACCGUUGGGGACAAGAGGUGGUGUCAGGUAAUGAGAACACCUAUGAUAUUGUGCUGAAAGACCUCGGCCCUCCAAUUGUAGCCCGUAUGGUCCGGUUUUACCCCCUGGCUGACCGGGUGAUGAGUGUUUGCCUUCGGGUGGAGCUCUACGGUUGUGUGUGGAAUGAUGGACUGAACGCCUACACGGCUCCAGUGGGUCACGUCAUGAACUUACCUGGCCUCCCGGUCUAUCUAAACGACUCUACCUAUGAUGGGAGCACCGAACAGGGGAUGCAGUUUGGAGGCCUCGGCCAGCUUUGUGAUGGCGUCCUAGGAGGAGAUGACUUUAUAGAAACUACUGAGCUGCGGGUGUGGCCAGGGUACGAUUACCUUGGAUGGAGUCGGGAAGCCCUUGGGCAAGGCAGUGUGGACAUUGAGUUCCACUUUGAGAAGCCCAGGUUCUUCAACAGCAUGCAGGUACACAGUAACAACCGCCACACGCAGGGCGUGCGAGUCUUCAGCAAAGUAGAGUGUCUUUUCAAGCCUGGCCUCCUGCAGCCCUGGUCUUCUCCUGCACUCGCACUGCCUGUUCCCCUAGAAGAUCUGAAGGACCCCUCUUCACGACCCAUCUCCCUGCCGCUCGGCGGCCGGCUGGCUCAGAUCCUCCGCUGCAAAUUCUUCUUUGCAGACCGCUGGUUGCUCAUCAGCGAGAUCUCCUUCCUCUCUGAGCCGUUUGAGGAGGAUGGGACAGACCAAAAUUCUUUUCUUCACAAUCCUCCAAAGUUUCCAGAUCUUAGUUCGUCUCCUCCAGUGAACACCACCUCCUCUGCUCCCACAUGGAGUCCCAGCUCACUCAGCAGCACCUCUGGGCCGUCUGAACCCCCAAACGCCACCACCCUGGUGAUGGACACCACUGGUAACUGGACGCUGUCAGGACGUGAGUUUGCUGGCAUUACUCCGAGGGCAGGACUUCCUGUAGCCAAAGAUGAUGGAAGUAACACGGCUAUUCUGAUUGGCUGCCUGGUGGGCAUCAUUCUGCUACUGCUGGCUGUUAUAGUUGGGAUUCUUUGGAGGCAGUACUGGAAAAAGAUUUUGGGGAAGGCCCAAGGCAGUCUUUCCAGCUCCGAGCUCCGAGUCCAUCUGUCCGUCCCCUCAGACAACGUGGUCAUCAAUAACACACACAGCUACUCUAGCCGCUACCAGCGCAUACACACUUUCCCUGAUGACCGGGACCACGAUAGAGACGGAGAGGGGGAAUAUCAGGAGCCCAGCGCUCUCAUCCGGCCCAGAGACCACAGGGACAGCACCAAUCACAGAAAAGGCUCCAGAGCCAUAGUCGUCACCAAGGUCAACCAGGCUCCAGAAAAGAGCCUCAAUGUACCCCAGGCUUGUGGUUUGGACUUGGACCUGGAGAAGGGCUUCCCUCCAGCACAUGAAGAGCCUCCUCCCUACCCUGGAUCCCCUCCUUAUCCAUCUCUGUCUCCACCGGUUUCCCCCCCACUGCCUCCCAGUGUCCCACAUUAUGCCGAAGCAGACAUUGUAAGUCUGCAGGGGGUCAGCGGCAACAACACCUACGCAGUACCUGCCCUGGCCUCUUCCAGUCCUGGAGCCGACGCCCUCCCGCUGCCGGAGCUGCCACGCCAGUGUCUCAUCUUCAAGGAGAAGCUGGGGGAGGGACAGUUUGGGGAGGUCCACCUGUGUGAAAUUGAAAACCCUCUGGACCUCCCAAUCCUGGAGUUCCCCUUUAAUGUGAGGAAAGGUCGCCCUCUUCUGGUCGCGGUGAAGAUACUGCGACCUGACGCCUCCAAAAACGCCAGGAACGACUUUCUGAAGGAGGUAAAGAUCUUGUCUCGCCUGAAAGACCCCAACAUCAUCCGGCUGAUAGGAGUGUGUGUGAGCAGUGACCCGCUCUGCAUGGUCACUGAGUACAUGGAGUGUGGAGACCUGAACCAGUAUUUGUCACAGCGUGUUCUGCUGGACAAAUCUGGGCCUUCACUCAACACCCCGACCAUCAGUUAUCCAGCUCUCAUCUCCAUGGCCAGUCAGAUUGCAUCAGGUAUGAAGUUCCUGUCCUCCCUGAACUUUGUGCACCGAGAUCUGGCCACUCGUAACUGCCUGGUCGGUGGAGAGAAGGGUGAGAGCGGAGAGGAUCGAGGCGGAGAGCGUCACAUAAAGAUAGCUGACUUUGGUAUGAGUAGAAACCUGUACGCUGGAGAUUACUACAGGAUCCAGGGCAGAGCUGUGCUGCCCAUACGGUGGAUGGCCUGGGAGUGCAUCCUCAUGGGUAAGUUCACCACAGCCAGUGAUGUGUGGGCGUUUGGUGUCACUCUGUGGGAGAUGCUGAGCGUUUGUCAGGAGCAGCCGUACUCCAACCUCACAGAUGAACAAGUCAUAGACAAUGCAGGGGAGUUCUUCAGAGACCAGGGCAGACAGGUGUAUCUGAGCAAGCCUGCCGUUUGUCCUCAGGGUCUCUAUGAGCUCAUGUUGAGCUGCUGGAACAGAGACUGCAAACUCCGCCCCUCCUUCUCCUACAUCCACUCCUUCCUAACCGAGGACGCCAUGAACAUGGUCUGAUGGAGGAACGAUAGGAAGACAGUCAACUUGAGCGCUCAUGCUGAAGUGGUGUGGUGGAGGGUGUGUUCACAGGGAGGAGGGCUUUCUUGCUUUUGUAUUUUGUACUUUUUGGGUGGAUGGGGCUGAGACACCGCUGGUUCGGUUUGAAUUCCACCUCAGACCCCCAAAGACAUCUUUUAGCAGGGGGCAGUAACAUUUCAUAGUGAAUGGUGGUGGGUUUAGUAUGCAAAUGAGUUUUCACUUGUUUAGGUUUCUUUGCAGUUAAGGAGAGAUUGUGUCACUGGUGAUUCAGUGCUGUAGAGUAAACAAUGAAUUAAUCACAAUCUCAAAAAACAAUUUUGAAGUCUGAAACUUCCAGUUAAUUUGUGGGUUAGCAGGUGAAUGUUCUUCCUGUCUGCAUAUCUG